UUGGGUAGUUGAAGGGUUUAAGUUCAACUCCAAACCGGUUGAAUUUCGUUCUCAUGGUCUUGUAAUCAGAAGCAUACCCGUAAAAAGAAAAAACUUGUUUUCUAUGACUCAGUUGCUACAGAAUUCAUUAGAAAUUCACCUCUGAGUUGUGGGCGGGGCUGUUGGCGCAUAGUAAGCCCACCAGGUUGCAGAGAGUUCGGAGCAGGGAACUUCUGAAUCACUGGGAAAAAGAAAGAAAUAAAGAAGGAAACAGUCCAAAGAAUGAAUGUGCAGGAAGAGUCCCAGCAGACGGUCAGAAGAGUCUCAGAGCGGAUCUCCAGACCAGCUGAGGACUCUGACUGCAGCGGCUGAGCCCAGCUUCCCAUUGGUGCGUUUCAGCACCGUCACUCAGAGCUGUUUCUCAGGAAGGCUGGCAUGCACCAGCAUGACUGAAGAGUUCAGAUAUGAUCUGCUCUCUGCACGCGCUCAGACCAGAUAGCUGCAGGAACACCUGAAUUCAAGUAUCUUCAAACGCUUGGAGCAGGAGAAAAACAGGGAUGAACAACUCCAUGGAGAAUCAGACCAACAUCUCCGACCUGGACAGUAUCUUCAUACUUCGGGUCCUGCCCUCGCUCUACUGCCUCAUCUUCGUGGUGGGUCUGCCUCUCAACUGCAUGGCUGCCUGGACCUUCUUCAGAGUUGGUGCAGAGUCUGGCCUGGUGGUCUACCUGCAGAACAUGAUGCUGGCCGACCUCCUCAUGCUAAUCACCAUCCCCCUGAGAGUGGCAGAUACUCUGGGCCUAAAGAACAAGGAUCUCUUUGUGAUCACUUGCAGAUACACAGAUGUGCUCUUCUAUAAUUGCUUGUACAUGGGAAUUAUUCUCAUUGGCUUCAUCAGCCUCGAGCGCUAUGUCAAGAUUGUCCAUCCCUCGUCUUCUGCCUCCUGCACAUCCAGGUUUAGCGUGCUAUCCUUGCUGCGCUAUCUGGAGAAGACCAGGCCUGCUUGGGUGGUGGUGGCCAUCAGCUGGGUCCUCAUCUUCUCCAUUGUGCUUCCGAAUGUGGUGAUGACGAGCCUGGAACCAACGGGACAGACCUUCGAGGACUGCAUGAAGCUGAAGACGCCGAUGGGAGUUAAGUGGCAUAAAGGGAUCAGUGUUUUUGACACAUCCUUGUUCUGGGUGACGUUGGUCAUUGUGACCUUCUGCUACGGCUCCAUCGGCGUGAAGGUGUACAGGUCACGGAGGAGCAUGGGCCAGGACAGCACCGGUGCCUUCAACAGGUCCAACCGCAGCAUCUUCAGCAUCCUGGUGGUUUUCUCCAUCUGCUUUGUGCCGUACCACGCCUGCCGCAUACAGUACACUCUCUGCCAGGUACAAGACUCAAAUGACGGCUGCAAGGGUGGUCUUGUGCUUCGCUACCUGAAAGAGGUGACGCUCCUCCUGUCAGCUCUGAACAUUUGCCUCAAUCCCAUCGUCUACUUCCUGAUGUGUCCAAAAUUCAAAGAGACUCUGAAGAAGAAACUGUCUGAAAAGAGAAGGAAGAGGUCCCAUACAGUCUUAUCCACUUUGAGCAGCACCUGAGAGACGACAGGAGGCGUGGAGCGAGGCUCUUUCCUGCCUUCUAGUGGUGUCAGUAUGUCACCACACCCUGAACCUAAGAGUUGAGGAAAAACUCAAAAAAACAGAAUCAGAGCUUUGAUUCCUUUGCAUCAUUUUCCCUUCACCGAUCUGUUUCAGGUGAAACUUGUUCAUCUCCUAAAUCCACCCAAAAUGAGGAACAGCAUUGCUUCUACUUUUGGCACUUAUCUUCAGGGUUCACCCCAGCCAAUCAGCUUCCUCCAUCUAACCCUGUCUUCUGUAUCCUCUACUCCAGGGGUGUCAGAAUCAAGUCCUCGAGGGUCGGUGUCCAGCAUGUUUUCCAACCAAAUUUCAAUUGAAGCUCUUUAUUCCCUAAACACACCUGAUCUAGGUGAUCAGCAAGAAAAAGGCAAGGUUUCUGGAAAACCAGCAGGAGGCCGGCCCUCGAGGACUGACACCCCUGCUCUACUCUAACACCAGCUACCUUCAUGUCUUCAUGCGGCUAACCUUCAU